AUGGAUAAUUCUCAAACGAACGGCACGAUGCCCAUGAUGCCGUCCAUGAUGCGGCCACCCAUCCCACCGGACACGCUCAUCUGGAUGCAACGCAAUCAUCUCUACCCACAACAAGUCUGGUGGAUUCUCGCUUCCUUCAUCGGCCUCGUUGCGAUUGCUCAGUUCCUUUCGUGGGUCGGCUCCAAAGCUUCCUCGCCGUGCCCGGCGCGUAUGGCAGACGCCGAAGCUCCUGGAGGCUCGGUGAGGCAGCGAAAGCUGCAGUUGAGCCGAUUGCCUUUGGCGAUCGUCAACUGGUGGCGUGUCUUUGCCUUCCGGAACACGGUCGAAUUCGGAGAGCUGUUGAGUAUCACAUAUGCCGAGGCAUUCAUCACUGUCGGAUAUAUCGUUGCGUUGUUCACCUGGGAGUUCAUUAACACGACCAACCUGGCGGGGCAGCCACUUGACUGGCGGUACUAUUCGAGCAGAGCUGGAGCACUGGCCGUGAGCCAAUUUCCGCUUGUCACUGUUCUCGGGACCAAAAACAACGUGCUCGCAUACAUUACGGGUGUAAGCUACGACAAGCUCAAUUACCUUCAUCGGAUGACCGCCCGUGUCAACUUGAUACUACUUUGGAUUCACGCUGGCGCCAAGGCAAUUCCCAUUAGCAUGUUCAUCCGCAUCGGUCUGACAGCCAUUGUUGCGUACACCAUCGUAUUAUUGCUCGCCUUCCGUCCCAUACGUGCCCGCUUCUACGAGCUCUUCUUCUUCGCUCACUUCUCCCUUAUUUUGGUUAUGCUCAUCGGCGCAUACUACCACGCCAACCAAGCAGCCCGGCUUGGGGUUUACAUCUACCCCUGCUUCCUGAUCUGGGGGUUGGAUCGUUUCCUUCGCGUUUUGCGCCUCGUCUACUUCAAUAAUCACCUCUUCUCCAUGACGCGCGGCACGGGACCCUCCGGCAUGGACGACGGCCUAUCUGCUACCGCUGUGCUCCUCUCUCCCCAGUUCGUCCGGUUGCGCGUUACGCGGCCCUCGCAUCUCAAGUGGACACCCGGUCAGGCGGCGUACCUCAUCAUGCCUGGGGUGUCGACGAUUCCGAUCGAGGCGCACCCGUUCACGAUCGCGAGCGUCGACACGCGGUACAGGCUCCUCAAGAGCAAGAGCAAGGCUCGGAAGAUGGAGCGAAUGGACCUCAGUGAGGACGACUCGACUUUGAAUAGUGGAGAGGAGAAGGAGUAUAAUGAGGACGUGCUGCCGUACUGGGAGGAGCUCGACUUCUUAAUCAAUGUGCGUGACGGCGUCACGAAGAGGCUAGCGGAGAGGGCCAGGAAGGGCGGGAAAGUCAAGGUGUGGGUCGAUGGGCCGUAUGGGUUCUCACCGAACUUGAGGAACGACGACGUUGUUGUGCUCGUGGCCGGCGGUUCCGGUGUCUCACUGGCGAUUUCAAUGUUCCUCGGCGUCGUGAGCGACGUGCAGAACAUGAAGGCCAGGACACAGAAGGUCGUCUUCAUCUGGUCUAUCCGUGAUUCCAAACAACUUGAAUGGAUAACCAGGUCUCUCCUGAACGCCCUGGAGCUCGCCCCGUCCGGGCUCGAAAUCGUCGUCCGUAUUUUCAUCACCGGUCACCAGAAGUCCGACCAAAUGCCCCUGAUGAUGAACCGUGACGACAUGCCUCCCAUGAGCACCGGGGACAUGCAGCGCGCAGACGAUGGUGAUUCAAUGUACUCGCCGCAGGACACGCCUACUGCUAUGAAUAUGCCGCGUGAGCUCAAGGACUUCUCAUCUGUGCACCUCACUCCUGGACGCCCAGAGCUAGGAAGCUUGUUGAGGCACGAAGUCCAGAACGCAAGCGGGGGAAGGUUAUCCGUUACGGUUUGCGGCGGGCCUGCCAUCGCUAAGACCUGCAGGGAGGCACUCAAAUUCCCCCCCAGCUCCGUCUUGUACGGCGGACCCAGCGUCGUACUCCAUAUCGAGGCGUUCGGUUAUGCUUGAGCUUUCGGUGCACAUGGACACCGUGGACUUCACAUUUUGUGAGCUAAGUAGUUACAAUCCUUCGGUAACGUCAAGUACGUAGGACGCCAGAGCCCUCUCACGGACUCAUUUGACACGUUCUUAUAGUAUCU